AUGAGAGGGGGAUCAACUGGUGGUGGAUACGGAGCAUCUUUCGGUGGAAGCAAUCCUUUUGGAGGAACUUACGGAGGGAACUUCGGAGGCGGAUUCGGAGCAACAGGCGGAGGAGCUGGGAAUGGGGCUGGGGGAGGAGGACCGUCCGGCGGGUCGACUGGUGGUGGAUACGGAGGAUCUUUCGGAGGAAGCACACCCUGGGGAGGAAGUUACGGAGGGAACUUCGGAGGCGGGUUCGGAGCAACAGCUGGUGGAGCUGGGAAUGGGCUAGGGGGACUAGGAGGUGGGUCGACUGGUGGUGGAUACGGAGGAUCUUUCGGAGGAAGCAACCCCUGGGGAGGAAGCUAUGGAGGAAACUUCGGGGGCCUUACAACAUGGAAUCUAACUCUGAACUACUUACUUCGCUUUGAGAUUGGUGAUGAGGAUCUGGCUGGUGUAACUGUAGUUGUAGCACUCAAAUACCGAGAGCUGACUUGCUUUGGAGCACGUCGCUCAGUCUUUGGGCGAGCAAUGGAACUUAUCAUAGAAUGCAUGUGUAACACAUCAUUUCGGAAGGAUUUCUUCGAAGCAAUGCACACAACUGGAGACACAAUCGAAUAUGAAUAUGCACUCGUCCCGCCCGUCCUCGGAAGACCUCGACAAAAAAAAAACCCAAAGCAGGCGAGGAACGCGACAUUCGCCAUCACGCUCUCCAGAGACUCCUCUGCAAUUCUUUAA